GUUUCACAAAGAGACGAAGUGAAAACCCUGUGGCCUGCACCGCUACUUCUGUUGCCGCUACAUGAAAGGAGUGCGUGAAACCGACAAGAAAGAAAAGUAGUGGGCGGAGGAGGACACAAUACUUUGGAGACUUAGUCUGCACUUUCUUCACCAACUGUCUGUCAAAUCCGGGGUCGUGGCAGCAAGUUCACAGUUACCCCUGGGAAAACAGCUGCUUGUUCAAAUCCUGUACCCACUGUGUAGAAAGCAGCACUGGACUCAAGCUUAAUGGAAAUAAAAGAGAGAGGAGAGACGACUGUAAAGAGCAAAAUGUCCAGAUGACAACGACUAUGCUGACAUAGCUAAACGAUUAUCAGCUCACCAACACUUCCUUCCUCCUGCUAUCACAACCCCAUCGUCCGUCCGGUCAUGUUGGUUAGGAGGAAGCUUUACGUCGUCGUGGCAAUUGCUGCUGUUCUCCUCCUGAUGCUGGCAAGCCAGAGCAUCCAUAGGAAACAGAUCCUGCCAUUGUCAAUAUCCCAACUCAACAGCAGAGCCACAGCCUCCAGCAGGGACACUGUGGUUGAACCAACAGUGGCCCCUGCUGUCCUGUCUCAUCCCCCUCUUCCUCCCAGUACCAUUUCCCGACAGACUGAUGGAAAAGAAGAGGAGGAGAAGAAGAAAAUCAAGAAGCACCCUGAAGAGAAGCCAUGCAGUUGCUCAGAUGGUUGUAUUUCAGACACCAACAUGUCUAGCUGGUUCAGCAGACGCUACAACCCUGAACAGCAACCUAUCCUACAUGCCAAGAACAACAAGUUUGACCCUGAUGCACUUGCAUGGUGGCUGGGUCUUCAGAAGUCUGGUAAUGACCAGUCUUUAGAGGAAGUGAUGGCAAAAAUGUUCCAGGUCAUUUCCCCGCCCACUGUGGACACCAGGCCAGUCCCCACACGUUGCCGUAAAUGUGCAGUUGUUGGCAACUCGGGCAACCUGCGGAGGUCCGGGCACGGCAAAUUAAUCGACUCGCACAACUUCAUAAUUCGAAUGAACAAGGCAGUGACUCGAGGUUUUGAGAAGGACGUUGGGAACAGGACGACGCAUCACUUCCUGUAUCCAGAGAGUGCUGUGGAUGUGGAACAUGGAGUCAACCUCGUCCUGUUGCCAUUCAAGCUGAGGGACCUGGAGUGGCUGACCAGUGCAUUGUCAACCGGCCAUAUCAAAAUGACUUACAUGAGGGUCAAAGACCGAGUGGGUGCUGAUAAAGACAAGGUUCUGGUGGUGAAUCCAGUCUUCUUUAAGUAUGUCCAUGAUUUCUGGACAGAGCACCACGGUCGCUAUCCGUCCACCGGGAUGCUGGCAAUCAUCUUUGCUCUGCACACUUGUGACCAGGUGUCUGUGUUUGGUUAUGGUGCUGAUAAGGAGGGGAACUGGCAUCACUACUGGGAGGAGAACCGCUAUGCUGGAGCCUUCAGAAAGACUGGUGUUCACAGUGCUGAUUUUGAGACAGAGGUCAUCCACAGACUCGACCAGGAGGGCAAGAUCAAGCUCUACCUGUGAGGCUCACAUAAAGACUGAAGGAUCUCGUACUGAACAACCAAAUCUGAGUCAGAUGUGUGCUGCAUUUUUUUUUCCAACAUAGGAAUAAUUGGACAGUGAUUAGAUAGCUUUUUUUUUAAUCUUUUCUGAUACCACUUUGCCUUCAGCUGCUUCCUGUUGGUUGCUGUUUUGCCUAUUUUCAGUCACUAAGCAUAAAAGUGAAUUGACUAAACACAACAAACCUGCUGGGCAGCAAAGAUGUACUUACAGACUUCUGCUGCUUCAAAGAUGUUCAUUUUGAACGAUCAACCGUUUUUUGAUCCCAUUACUGACUGUCCUGUCAUUGGUGACUGAUGCCAUUGGCCACCGUGCAUUUUGCUCUGAAUGGGAAUCAACCACCAAUUUUUUGUAAGGUAACUUUUGUAUCGGAUUCUUUAGACACUACAAAGGGGUAACCGCUUUCUUUUUUUAAUUAAAAGCACCUUUUUAAUGAGGAGGAAUGGUUGGGUAAUGGUAAGAUGAUGGGUUUGCUCAUUAACCACACACAAACAUGGAUAGAUGUGUUGGCACCUCUUGUUUGAAUGUGUAAAAAUCAUGAAAUAAAUUAAUCUUUGACUGCAGCAAUGUGAUCUCAGUUGGAAAAUUUAGAAAAAUCUAACUUUUUUUAUUUGAGACCUUAUUUAUGUAUUCACCCUGGGGGUGAGAAUCCAAGUAAAAAAUAACUCAUUUUAACAAAAUCAACCCAGCUGUGACUAUUUUGUACAAACCCUUUUUAAUUAAAGAGUAGAAUCACAUCCUUUACCAUAUCUAAAAGUUUAAUUGAAGUGCUCUUCUCUUUAUCUCAUCUGUCCAAAGCAGACAGUUCCAAUUAAUUCAAGCAGUUUAGCUAACGUAACUUGUUUACAUUUGUGUCAGUUAUGCCCAUAUUAAUGAAUUAAUGUGGCAAUUUAAACUAGUUUUUCUUAAACCUCCCGUGGUCUUGGCAUGUUUAGGAGGAGCAUGGUAAAUGUCAGGUCAGACUGCGAGGGGAAAAGUGUCCCAUUACACUGUUAGUUCCCAUAACCAUAUGAUAUUUUGCUGCCAGAAUGAAACAUUAAUUUAUUUGAAAGAUUUUUACUCACCUUUACCAUGGGUGCCAAUGAAUGUUUGCCUCUGUGAGAAUACUUCAAGGAUUGUAUCAUUUAUAAUCCUUCCUUUUUAAGGUCCUUUAAAACCGUCCUUUUCUGUAGAAUUAUGACUGGAAGGAAAAUGGAGUCGGCAUCUGGUUUUCUUUUAUUUUGCUAUAAACUCAGCCUUGUUUUUGGCCACAGAAAACCAGAUGAGCCUAUGUUUAGCUAACAGUUUGAGUUUAAAUAAUUUAAACACCUUGCAGGGUUUCUGUUUAUUUUUAACGGGAUAUUGUCUUCUAGUUGGUCACAAUCAGCAAAAGCAAUGCCACAGUGUGACAGAUGCCUUUUAUUUAAUAGGACAUAAAACGAUAUUGUACUGCUACUGCAUGAUAAGAACAAAUGGAAUAAUAGCAACACAUAAGUUGGGUUUUGUGGAGGAAUCCUGGAACUGAACUUUAUGAUCCUUCCCUGAUCAUGGCAACAAACAUGAAGACCAACAUAAUUAUGAAGAUUUUCUAAAUAAAACCUAACCGGUAACAUGACAUGUGCACUCGAUGGAUGACAUUAAAAUUGAGAACAAUUUGGGGUUCAACCAAAAGACUCUCUAAAGAGGCACCGACCAGUUCAGCAGGCGGCAAUGACAGCUGCUGCGCCUCCACUGUGAAUGUACAAAAAAAUAAUCUGAUGCUGACUGUCUUAAAUAAUCAACUGAAUGUUUGUGUCUUGGUUUACACUAUAAUCAUGGUUAGAUUCCCCUCAGUGCCAAUAUAUCUGCAUUCAACAGCUUUUUUGUUGUUGCUGUUUUUUAGUCCUAUUGAAAAUGACUUGUGGUCAAAGGCCAACUAACAGUGUUGGAGGAUUAGAAAUUAGGUUGCAUGUGCACAUUAAUAUAAAUCUAAUUGUGUUUUGUAAAAAAGACCUAUAAUUCAAAGCUGCAAUGGAAAAUUGCAUUUUAAACUCUGUGAUUAAGCAAUACAUUUUUGAUGUUUUAGAAAAUAAAAUGGAACUUUAUUCAUUCUUUGUUAAUAAGACUAAGUAAAAUCAUUUGCUACAAUUUAAUUACAGGCAAACAGAUCCUUUGCAGGCUCAUCUUAAGUGUAAUUGAGUUUUGAAUCUUUGAAUGUUUAUUUUUUACUAUUGCUUUAUUGAGAAUGUUGAGAUUUAAAUCCAAACACCAAUGUGUGAAACUGCCCUGAGACUUAAGCUGGCUGAGAUGCUCCAUCUGCUUCAUACAACAUUGUUCUCCUUGAGAACAUGACUUUUGUAGCAAACUUGAAAGCAUUGAAAGUUCACCCAAAGAGACAGCUUGCGGUCUUUAGUCAUUAUCCUCUUUAAAACUACAGAAAUAUGCUGCCAUGAUUUUAAUUAUUUUAUUCGAAGCAGAUGGAAAACUCAGAAAUCAUCAUAAUGCUGGAUAUUCAUCUGUAAGCUGUUGCUCUGUCACUUUUACCAGUUCAUUCAUUGUUUGGUUUUUUCAUUCCCAAAACUGCCUGAAUUCUCAGUUUAAUCAGAAACAUCUGCUGGUUUUUUUAAUAUUUCCCUUCACUUUAACACUUUGCUUUGUUGCAGGAAAUUGCAGCCAAUAAAGUGGGAAACGAGCUAUUCUGGCAGUUUUCAGACAGUUAAUGACAGAGCAGCAGGCCUGAGUAUUACUUAACAUCUGGAUGAUGUCUUUACUGCCAAUAUGUCAAGUUGUUUCAAACAGAUAUACCCUGUUAUAGUGUUUUUGUGCCUUUGAGUCCAAAUUUUUGCUCCUCGCUGCAUUCUGGGAGUGAGGAGUUGUAUUUAAAUAAUGGGACAUCUUUUAAUUAUCUUUUUUUCUUUCAUAAAAGUCCAUACAUAAUGCAUGGAUUUAGUCCAAAGGAUCUGAUUAUGUGUGUUCAGCUUUAAUUAGGCUUUCUGUUCAGACUGAAAUGGUCAGUGUUGGGUUUUCAGUCACAUACCAGUUUUACGAUCAGCAAGAUCUAGAUGCCAAACUGAGCACCGUGUUCAGCCAAAACCGCAUAAAACAUGUACCCACCAUCACUUUGACCUAAAUAAAAACAAAUAAAACCAAAAUGAAACUGGUUUUGUUAUUUUAUAUAGUUUCAUUGCUGUUUUUACGGUGUGCUUUAUACCAUUAUAUUUGAAUGUUUAUCGAAAUAUUUUCAGAUUUUUUUUUCCGCCUAAAAUAAUGCUGAGUUAAUAUAACCUGUAAAAACCUGU